GGAGGGUAGAAGUUAAGAGUCAGCUCUCUGCCAUUGUUCUUGUUCUGGAAGCCUGGGGACGGGACGGGACGGCGCUGGUCGGGUACCGGACGGCGGUCUGUCGUUAUGACGGGCUCCGGUCCGAAGCUCGGGGUUCUGCUGCUGCUGGCGGUCCUGCUGCAGACUGUUGUCGUCACCAUCACUGUGCUGCACUUCACCACUGCUCUCAACUCGAUGAAGGAGACGUUUGCCAGGAGCAGUGUUUCCUGUCUGACGGGCACCGACCUGCAGAGCAUCACGGCUGUACGAGGUGAUCCGUGUUGGCAGGUCACUCAGCAGCUUCACCUGCUCAUCGAAAAGUCUCUGUCUCAGCGGUACCAGAGGCAGAUUUCGUCUGCAGUAAGAGAUGAAGUAUCUCGGGUGCUUCCCUCACUUGUAAUGGAGGACAGGGCUUCACCUCGCCCCAAAGUAGCAGCCCACGUCACGGGCAGCUUUGUGCCUAAACUGGAGCGAGACGGAGGAGCUCCAGUCUCCGCAGGGCGUCGCGUUCAGGGCCAAAAGAUUUCAUGGUGGGAAGGGCAGAAGGGCCUGGCCUUCCUCCAGGAUGUCCAGCUGGUAGACGGGGAGCUGGUGGUGCCACAGCCUGGCCUCUACUACGUCUACGCCCAGACCUACUUCAGACACACUCACUCCCUGGAGGAUGAUAGUGAGGGCGGCGAGGAGGCAGAGGACAGAGGAAGACCCCUGCUGCAGUACAUCUAUAAAAAGGUGAGCUCCUACCCGGUUCCCAUCCUGCUGAUGAAGACGAGCCGAACCUCCUGCUGGUCCCGGGGUUCCCAGUUCUCUCUGCACUCCGCCCACCAGGGGGGGCUGUUCCCGCUUAGCACCGGCGACCGCUUGUUUGUCACGGUGACCAACGCCUCUGCUGUGGACAUGGAUGAGAAAAGCAGCUUCUUUGGAGCGUUUCUCAUCAGUUAGAUCUGGAGAAAUCUUCAGCUCUGUGGACACCAUCGUGUUUUUUUUAUUGUUGGUAUAUCAAAUUGUUGCAGCCUCAAGACGUUUCCUAAUAAUGAACCUAAGAUGAUCACUUGGUGAAAAACUGAAACAAGGAGUCACAGGGAAGACUGUCUUCCUUUUGUUCAGAAUAACAACCCAAAAAAUUUGGCAACACUGGUUUCGUGGGUGGAGAAGAAGGAAAAGACUGACAUGGAUUUGGGGCCGAGUGUUCAGUAUGUGUGAGAACAUAUCACUAAAGAAAAAAAAAACAAAACAGAUGUGUGCGUCAAGGUUAGUGUGAUAGAUGGAGAUGGUUUUGUUCCACAAACAUUUCUUGGAGGCAGAAAUAAUCUCAGUCAUUGAUGUCAGUGUUAGGAGCCAAAGUGAAUUUUCCUCCUAAACCUGAGAAGACAAUCCAGACUAGAUAUGAUUGAAAACAUAAACAUACUAAACAUUACUUUUUUAUAAACAAAGCACACAUGACUAAGCUGAAACAUUGAGUUACCAUCCAUCCAACCAUUAGGCACAGCUACAAUCAAAAGUAUUUCAUGAAAUUAGCAUGAUGGCUUAUUUGAUAUAAAAUCAGAUAAGUAAUGACUAAGCAUCAUCACUGAUUUGAAAGAUGAUAUUUGCUCAUUUGCACCAUUCUUGCUGCUCUCUCUUUGACCCGUGAACUAUAAAUUGUCCAUAAAUUGCCAAUCAUUGCAGUUUUUCUGACUUUAAUCUUUAGACAGUAGGUAUGUAGCCCCCAGCCAUUGGAACAUCCUGGUAUGUUUUCUGCAUACUGCAAUUUGAAAUGUUGGGACAUACUUAAUCUUUUUCUGGCAUACUAAAUAGUAUGGCAGUAUGGGUAAAGCACCCUCUGUAUCUCUGCUACACACACACACAGAGCAGAGAGGCUUCAGCAGAUAGGAUGAAGCUCUGCUGCAUUCACACAAAAUCCAGCAAUGUGGCACUGUCCCGUAGGGUUGUGCGGAGGUGUGGGCGUAUUUAUUCGUGCUUUAGAUCAUUACCGCUGUAAAACAAUCAGAAAAUCUGAUUUACUGCUUUGUUCUCACUAGUGCUGCUCCCUCUCCUCAUUCACUGUCUAGCUCACUUGACCACCACUACUCUCCCUCUCUCUCUGCUAUUGUUGAGUUGGGGACAGCAGGGUGACUUUGAACGUUGUGUUUACAAAAACCAAUUAACAAAUCCGUCAUAGUUUGCUUUAAAGCCUUGAAACUGUUGUGUAUAAAAAUCCCAAGCUGUAUGCCAAGUAUGUGCUAUGUUCCCCAUUUUAACACAAUAAUUGGUCUUUCUGGUUUAUACCAAACCUUGUCAACUCGUGAGGAUAACCAAUUAUGGCUAUAUUGCAUUUU